AUUGAAGCCAAAAAAGCCUCCCCUAGCUCCAGAACCUACAGCAAAGUUUAAGAAAAGUGGAGGCAAUAUCUCUGAAGAAGAGGUUGGAGAGGGUCGGGAAGAAAAUGCUGUGAAACCCAAAAUAAUUACCAAACUGGCAGCCCAAAAGAAAUCCAUCAGUUCGGGGGUUAAGUCUACAGGAAAGCAGGCUAUUGGGACAAAGGCCUCAAAAAGCAAGGGCAGUGCAAAAUCAGAUGGCUCUGACUUGAAAAUGGGAAGGAAAGCGGUGGAAUCGUCUUCAACAGACAGAAAGGGGAACAGGCAGGAACAAACAACUAAGGGAGGCUCAGGGUCCAGCACAGCCCGACCACAAACCAGCAGAAACAAGCAGGGUAAACUGGUGUGGACCCUGACAGUGGUCAAGGGCAAAGGGAAGACUUCCAAGGUCAAAAAGGCUGGGGAGAUAACAACAGACAAAGUUAAGCCACAGAGGUCUGGGAAGAGAAGAAAAGGAUCCCAGCAAGGGGGCAAGGUUGAACCUCAGUCUAGAAAUGGACAGAAGACCACGAAUCCCCACAUCGCCUCUCAAGGAGUAGCACUGUCUCCUAAACCUGUGAAUAAGCAGCAGAGGAAGAGGGUGUCCAGGGGAACUGGGGAUUCCACUGAGGUUGGAGCUGAGCUGGGUCAGGAGCCAGCAAUACCCCUGGAAAGAAAGAAACCAGCACCAUAUACGCGUAAGUCCAUAUUUGGCUUCAGGAGGAAGCCCAGUAAUGUGCACAAGCUUAGUCUGCCAGAUUCUGUCGUGAAACGCUUCCGUCGUAAGGUUGUCUUCGACACCUACGUGCCAGAGUCGCUUCCAACCCCAGUGAAGCAGGUGGGACAGGAGGCGCAGUGGGAGAGAACCGGGACAGAGGGCAAACCUCUCCUGUCCCCUGGAGAGAUCCAGCAAGGAGGCAGAAGUAACAUCUCCUUGCCUGUGGUGAGCGCCAGGUCUUCACGUGUCAUCAAGGCACCCAAGAGGUUCCUCCAUGACGAGAUCAUAUCCUUGCCGAGGGGCUCCCCGAAAAAAAAGUGCCAAUACAAGGUGGAGGAGGAUGCCAUGAGCUUAUCCUUUUAUGAUUCAGACAAUGAUGACAUGGACAACUUGUCUCGAACUCCAGGUCAAAAUGAGUUCAAACCUGAAGUUGACGGCUCAACUGGUAAAAAAACACUUAAGACCAGCCUUUCCUCAAGCCCAGGCUCAUCCCACCUCGAGGUCUACGAGAGACUCAAGAAGCUGACUCUCAGCCUGGCCCAGAAGAAGAAGAAAGGCCUUAGUGCUGCUGAUGGUGAAACCACAGAAGAAGCCCAGGACUACCUAAGUUUGACUUUGCCGGUUAGGAAGAGGGGGGGGACCAAUCUGAAGAUGGAGGACCUCAACUCUCCUGGGGUUGUGAGGAAACUGGCGGUGAUAGUCAGUGACGCUGCUGCUGCAUCUCAAGCUGCUUCAUCUGAGACUCUGGAGGAGGCAGCAAAUGACACAGAAAAUGUCCAAGGGGUGGAGGCUGCUGCUGACGGGGAUUACGAAGGAGAAAGCCAGGCUGAUGAUGGGGUGGUGGUGGAACCGGAGGGCACCAGCCAUCGGAGCAACCUCACCAGCAUCAACAAGAGGAUGUUCCAUCUGCUGAAGAAGGCCAAGGUCCAACUCAUUAAGAUCGACCAGCUGAAGAGAGCCAGGCUGCAGCUUGUGAAGAUCGACCAAGAAAAACCAACGAAGUCAUCACAGCUCCUGUCUGGAUCGGUAAAGCUUGGUCCCAGAGAUUUAGGAGGGGGAAGGAGGAGGAGGAGGAGGAGGAGGAGAGGCUCUGCUCAGGACCAACUCCCUGGCGGCCCACGCAUCAAGCACGUCUGUCGGGCAGCAGCGGUGGCGUUGGGGCAACCCCGUGCCAUGGUGCCUGACGAUAUCCCCCGGCUUAGCGCUCUGCCCCUCCAUGAGCGAGAGGGCAUCACCACCUCACCAGCUGUAGAAGACAUUGCGGAUGACCCCUCUGACUGCACGGUCAGGCACAAGAUGAUGAGACAGAAGCACAAGUACAUCAAGCAGCGGAAGUUCAAGCGGAACUAUAACGAGGUUGGUCCUGGGGGCCGCGCCACCCGCUGUAGGACCUGCCAGGGCUGCCUGCGUGAGGGUGACUGCAGCACCUGCUUCAACUGCCUGGACAAGCCCAAGUUUGGAGGGCCCAACACCAGACGCCAGUGCUGUGUGUUAAAACGAUGUGUUCGGAUUGAGGCAAGGAAAGUAAAGCGCGGCAUCAAGCCAUUCACAGUCCUUUCGAGGCGGCGGCGCCAGACGUCAGCUAAUGGCCUUCAGUUCAACAAUGAUGUGUCGGCGUGCUGGGGAGAGGCAGAGGAGAUGUCGGCCCCUGCAACCCUUGGAGACUGCCUGAGGCCUUCCACCAGGAAGCAGCCGAGGCGGAACGUGACGCCACGCUCCUACAGCAGCCUGCUGAAGUCUGACUCGGACGAGGACACAGGCGGCGAAGGCGUGGUCAAUAGUCCUGUAAAGAAUUCUGACGCUCCCAGCAGCCAAGAUGCUGCAUCCUCUGACCUCCUAGCUCCUGAGGAUGGCCCAGUGCCCAGUGAAGUUGUAAGGCACCGCAGACCUGGUCCACCCAAAAGACUGCUGGGCCGAUGCAGAGCCGACAAGGGGAGCGUCUCAGAAGAGCACCGCCCAGGGCUGUUGGUUACAGAGGGCCACCUAACAAGGAGCCCCAGCGAUUCCUGCCCUCCCAGGAUCUCACUGCUGCGGUUACGGCGGCGCCUGCAGGUGCAGCUGCAGCGACUGCCCCCGUGUGUGGUGCAGUCGCUCAUGCAGAGGGACGAGGAGUCGGAUGACGAGUCUUCGCAGGAAGAGGAGAUGACUGUUGUUAAAGAGGGAGAGCAACAACACAAUCCCAGAAUUGAUCCCCACUAUGUCCUUCAUUCCCAGAAUGCCGUGGAAAACACGUCAACUAACAUCCUCACUGCGCUAACCAACAGACUCCCCCAAAAGGGCCACUUGAAGACCGGGACGCACAGGAUCCGUGUGGACUUUAAGGAGGACUGUGCCAUCCAGAACGUGUGGUUGAUGGGCGGUCUGAGUAUCCUCACCUCUGUCCCCGUCACGCCUCAGCCUGUCUGUCUGCUCUGUGCCAGCAAAGGACACCAUGAGAUGAUCUACUGCCAGGUGUGCUGCGAACCCUUCCACAGCUUCUGCCUCUGGCCCGAAGAGCGCCCCCACGAGAAGAACAAGGAGAACUGGUGCUGCCGCCGCUGCAAGUUCUGCCACGUGUGCGGCCGUAAGAGCAAGAACAACAAGCCUGUGUUGCAGUGCAGGAGGUGUCAGAACUGCUACCACCCCUCCUGUCUGGGACCCACCUACCCAAAGCCCAUCAACUGUAAGAUGCCCUGGGUGUGUAUGACGUGUAUCCGGUGUAAGAGCUGUGGAGUGACCCCAGGGAAGACCUGGGACAUGGCCUGGAACCACGAGCAGGACCUCUGUCCCGACUGCAGCACCCUCCACAGCAAAGGGAACUUCUGCACCAUCUGCUCCAAGUGUUACGAGGAGAAGGACCACAACAGCCAGAUGAUGGAGUGCUCCAGGUGUAGCCACUGGGUACAUUCUAAAUGUGAAGGACUCUCUGAUGACCUGUAUGAGAUCAUGUCCAGCCUGCCAGAGAGCGUAGUAUAUUCCUGUACACGCUGCAGCCAAUCACAGCCCAGAUUCUGGAAGGAGGCGCUGAAGGAAAGGCUGAGGGCGGGGCUAGAGAAUGUGCUGACCAACCUCCUCUCUGACUCCUCCGCCCAGCACCUGAUUACCUGCAGAGAGUGUGAGGAAUCCACGGAACUAAAUGCUUUCAGGGACCAACAGCAGCCCAUCUGUGACCUACAUGCCGUGGGUCAAAAAUGUACAGGCGGCCAGUACACUUCACUGAAAUCAUUCCAUGAGGAUGUUGUCAUGGUGAUGAGGAAGUGGCUAAAGGAGGAGGAGUCUCUCCCUGAGGACCUGAGGCCCACCUGUUUGGCCAGGUCUCACUACCUGAAGUUGCUGGAGGAGACUUUCAGUUGGUUUCAUAGCCAGGAUCAGAAAAUGUGGGACCCAAUCUCCAAAGAUUUCCCAAGUGGUAUGCUCCCUGAGGCAGUUCUUCCACCCUCUAAGGAGCACAGCUAUGCACAGUGGCUGGAGAGGACAUACCAAGUUACCAGGGGCUCAGGGUGCCUCCAGCAGGAGAUCAGCAUCCCUUCCCUGUACUCAGUCACCACCCAUCAGUCCCGGGCUCUGGAGAGCCUCCCAUUCAAAUCCCAAGGUACACAUUGUGCUCUAACCGGGGCCCUGGAACUCGACUGGACCAAAGAUGAGAGGCAGUGUGCACUCUGCCAACAAUGUGGAGACGCCACACCCAACGACGCAGGCAGGAUGCUGUUCCUGGGGCAGAACGAGUGGGCCCACGUCAACUGCUGCCUGUGGUCCGCUGAGGUGUACGAAGACAACGGAGCUCUACUCCAAGUACACAGUGCUGUCUCCAGGGGGCGCCACAUGCGCUGUGAGCGUUGUGGCCAGGCGGGGGCGACGGUUGGCUGCUGUCUCUCGUCCUGUCAGAGUAACUACCACUUCAUGUGCGCCCGCGCCCGCAACUGUGUCUUCCAGGAGGACAGGAAGGUCUUCUGCUCAAGGCACCGCGACCUCGUCAGUGAGAAGAUGGUGUCUGAGAAUGGGUUUGAAGUUCUCCGGCGGGUCUACGUGGACUUCGAAGGGAUCAGCCUCCGUAGGAAGUUUCUGACUGGCCUGGAGCCAGAGUCUAUAAAUAUGACCAUUGGUUCACUUCAGAUCAACAGGCUGGGUGUGCUGACUGAACAAUCAGCAAAUGGUGCAAGGUUGUAUCCUGUGGGCUACCAGUGCUCUCGGCUGUACUGGAGCACAGUGGACCCUCGGCGGCGCUGUAAGUACACCUGUAAUGUGACGGAGGUGUACUCUCCACUCCCGGAGAAGCCAGGGGAACCACAUUGGUGGGAGCAGGAGGAGAACCGAACCAUAGCUCACAGCUUCUACAAAGAAAUGGAAAUUCCAGAGGCUGUGAUGAGUCCUCUGCCCAUUCAGGUAUCUCCCAGCACCACUUCAUCCCCCCUGAAACAGGAGCCUGGGGCCAAAACCCCUAGUUACUCACAAACCAGGAGACCAGCAGGAGGAACAUCUCGACCUCUUCCCUCUCCAGGGAGUGCCAUGACCAAAUCCCACCACAUCCUGACUCUCAGGGAUCUGGGCGAUGCCUGCCAGCCGCGUCGCCUGUCUCGGGGCCGCCGCUCCGGGGACUCCUCUUCCCCCACCGAUAGCCCCGCGGGACCAAUGAUGCUCCGUUCAGGGGGCACCCUCCACCCCAGGUUCCUACCCUUCAGCUCCCCUCCCAGAACCAGCGAAAACCUCCUGAAUUCCCCUCAGAGAGUACAACCUCGCGCUGGCUCCUCCAGCUGGCGCUCCCCUCUCUUGUCCCCCUCCAGUGUUACCUCCCCUCUAUCUCUGCGGCCUGGCGCCAUCGGCAGCCCACCCUCCAACCUCCCUCUGGCAAUCCGCCACUCCUCCAGGAUCAGGCACUCAUUCAAAAUCACAACUCCAGUGUCCACUGAGGUGCCACAAGACUUCUUAGCGUCAUCCGAGCCAGAGGUGGCAGUGGUGGUGCCCUCAAACGGGAUCACAUUGACAGCAAAUAAUAUGGAGGAAGACACAGACGUCGGCCCCCUGACGUUGGAUCAGGACUUGCCCUUCGCGCCCUUCGACGUGGCGGACGCAGACGUGGCGGUGGCCUCUGUGCUAAACGCCAAGCUGGAGUUUGACGAGGCCUUGCUGAAUGAGACUGUGGCGCUUCACUGUGGAGGUUCCCAGACAGGUGGAGGCGAUAUGGAGGAGGUGGAGGAGGCAUUAGAGGAGGAGACCCAGAGCCAGACUCGGGGUGGGGACAACAUGGAUGCCAACAUGGCUCCAGUAUUCACCAAAGUAAUGGCUACUAAAGAGGUCCUGGAGAACAGUUCCUCAGACGAAGACAUGGAUCACUACUUGAAGUUAUCUCGUACGUUGCUGGUGUGCAAAGUCUCCAAGGACUCAGGGCAGGCAAGUCUCCCUCUCCCCCCACCAGCUCCUACGUCUCAGUCCAUCUCCCAGCUUGACGGAGCGGAUAACGGCUCUGAGAGUGACUCAAGUGAUUCUACCUGCGAUGAGGAAGAAACUCAGGAAGAGGGGAAGAAUGGGGAAGAUCAGGGGGCUGACAGUCAACCCGUGUUUGAAACCUGUGACCCAAAUAAUGACAUGUCUAUUGAAGAGGAGGUUCUGAUGGAGUCUGAGCAAAUGGAAUCCCAGAAAGAGGUUCUUCUGGACCCCAGCAGUGGCCAUUUUGCUUCGGAUGACGACAGCAUCAUAGAGUACCUGGCUAAUAAUAAAAAAGUAGUGCUUGAUGAUAGCGACAGCUCUGGCUCCUCUACAGAUUCUCUCAUUGGAGUGGACGACGAGAUGGGAGACCCAGACUUUGAGCCGGAACCCAAACCCAACCCCAAAUCAAUUCCCGUGAAAACCAUCAUGGAACGCCCUCGUCCUGUGAACAUGAAAACUAUUCCACGUAAACCCACACCAACGCAGAGAAAAAUCAUCAGGGUGUCCCUACCCUCUGGACCUGCUCUGCCUCUGAAUGUAGCCUUCUCUUCGCCACUCAUCGCUGUUCGAACCAUUCCAAGGACAGUCACCUCCACCGCCUCCCCGACCCCAUUUGUAAUGAAUGGCAUGAACUCUAUAGCCUUACAGACAGGGGCCACUACGGGGAGAGCUAUCGCUAUCCGCCUUGCCACACCAAGACAAGCAGCUCAGCAGCAGCUGACUGCCACUAUUCAGUCUGCCUCCAACUCAGCCAUGUCUCCACAGGUUCUGCUAGUCAACCGUCAAGGUCAGAUUCUGAUGAAGGAUCCAAAGACUAACACCUUCCAGACUGUCAGCACCAGCUCCCCUUCCUACAGCCGCAUCAGCCAGAUAGCCAAGAUUAUCCACAACAGUGGUGCACUGCCCCGCGCGAUUCCCCAGAUGGUGGUCGUACCCGCUACAUCUACACCCUCGCCACGGACAGCCAUCUUCCAUAGUUCAAAUCUCAUCACCAGUAACAGAAACACCACCACACCAACCACCAUCUCUAACAGAAACAACACCACACCAGCAACCACCACCAAUCUCCUGAUCAGGACCCCACAGAGUUUGCAUGAUGGGCGAGUGCUGGUCCGAGCCAUGCCCAUGACGCAUGGAGCGAAACAAGUGAGGGUCAAGUGCGUCUCUAUGCCCAGCUCUCCAGUGAUGACAGGCAACCAGGCCCAAGCUAUCUUAGACAGAGCCAUGGCUACUCAUCGCGAGCCCUCUCGGAUACGGCCUAAUAUCCUCAGGGUGAGCGCGUCCCAGCUGAGCCCAUCCCACAUCCAGGUCCACCCGUUCCUCAACAAGCUUCAGUCUCCUCUAGACAUUUCAGACACACCUGGUCAGAUGCUCCGCCACGAGCCGGCCACCGUACCCGAGUCUCAGGUCCGUGUCAAAAGAGUGUCCUUUGUCGCAGAGCGUCCCGGCAAGAAGAAAUGUAAAACUGAUUUCCUCCCGCAGUCACCCUCUAGUGACCUUGAUGACCUAGAUGGCAGCAGAAAUUGUGGCGUUAGAACUAAAGCCCCAACAAUGAAAGAUGUGCUGGAUCUGGACCAGGAGAAAGUUGAGCCCAAGGUCAUCCUACCAACAGAACCUGAGAAGAUCAGACCACCUCCCAUACCUCAGAUGGCACGUCAGCCCAACCGCACUCUACGUCCACCCAGCAGCAGCACCACUCAGAGUAGCAGUAACAUCCAUGGGAAAACCCACGUCUGGGUCAGUGCCCGCCAUGGAGAUCUCUCUGACUGGGGCCCCUACUCAGGUUUCAGCUCUGACGAGGACACGUUGCCACCUAAACAGGACAAGACCAGGUUUGCCCACAGGAACCAGCCCCACCUGCGCUUUGAGAUCACCAGCGACGACGGCUUCCAUGUACAGGCAGACAGCAUAGAGGUGGCGUGGCGAGCGGUGAUCGACGGCGUCCUGGAGGCCCGAGCAGGGUUCCAUCUGAAGGCGUUGCCCCUGGGCGGGGUGAUCGGGGCACGGGUUCUGGGCCUGCUCCACGACGCUGUCAUCUUCCUACUGGAGCAGCUGCAGGGUGCCGCCAGCUGUAAACAACACCGCUUCCGCUUCCACCACUCCGACAGCCCUGACGACGAGCUGCCCAUCAACCCCAGCGGUUGCGCCCGCGCUGAGGUCUACUCGCGGAAGUCAACCUUCGACAUGUUCAACUUCUUGGCGUCUCAACACAGACAGCUGCCUGACAUCAUGUCGACGCCAUGUGACGAGGAGGACGAUGACGUCCUACUGAAAUCCACCAGACGAGCCACCAGCACAGAGCUUCCCAUGGCCAUGCGCUUCAGGCACCUGGAGAAGACCUCAAAGGAAGCAGUGGGGGUUUACAGGUCUGAAAUUCACGGACGUGGUCUGUUCUGCAAGAGGAACAUUGAGGCAGGGGAGAUGGUGAUCGAGUACGCAGGCAAUGUCAUCCGUGCUGUUCUCACAGACAAGAGGGAGAAAUACUAUGACAGCAAGGGCAUCGGCUGUUACAUGUUCCGCAUUGAUGACUUUGAUGUAGUUGACGCCACCAUGCACGGCAAUGCCGCCCGUUUCAUCAACCACUCAUGCGAGCCCAACUGCUACUCGCGCGUCAUCCUCGUCGACAGCCACAAGCACAUCGUCAUCUUCGCCCUGCGUAAGAUCUACCGCGGCGAGGAGCUCACCUACGACUACAAGUUCCCCAUCGAGGACGACAGCAGCAAGCUGCGUUGCAACUGUGCCACCAGGCGCUGCCGCCGCUUCCUCAACUAGAAGACCAACCUGAACAGACACCACGUUGGAGUACUUGAAUUCUUAGAGGGAGACUGGGAGACGCAAUGAUGUGGUCAUAAGGGUGGCGUUACCGAUAAGUACUGAUGAAUUGGACACUCCUCCGUAGAUAGUUUAAUUUAAAGACGGACUGAUAUGACGCUUUUUAAUUUAAAGACAGACUGAUGGACAUUUUGUGGAUAUAUCCCAGAGCAGGUUUUCCUAAACUCGAUGUCUACUGCUACAGGCAUCUAUUCUAGGCCUUCAAAGAAACCCAGUUGAUUCAGGCCUCAGGACUUUAGGCCACUGGUGACAUUACACCAUCUCAUGGGCCACUCGCUUGGUUUGUCUACGUUCUUGAAUCAGUUGCCAAUGGCCUCUGCUGAAAAUGAAGGUAAAUAUUCCACAGUUGUGGUGCUUAUCACUUAGACCAGAGAUGGGGUUGAUUAUGUACUUAAUUUCAGUUUGUCAUCAUUCAGAUUACUCUGUUUUUACGAGGAAUUCCAUGUUAUUGUACUGUAGCUAUGACAGUACAAGGCUACACUCGAGUCGAGUCAAACUAUUUUAGCACCUUAUUUUCAAUGGCCAUAAGCGUGAGCGUUUCUGUAUAUAAAAUAAAAAAAGCCUGUUGUAUUUUUUAUUUUUUUUCCGUUGACCCUAGCCACCUCCAGUAUACAUUUUAGAGCAGCUAUAUUUUAAUUGCCCAUGUCGAUAUUAUGGAGACCGUUAUAACAGAAUAUGUCCCAAAUGACACCCUGUUCCAUACAUAGUGCACUACUUUAGAACAGGGCCAAUGGGGAAUGGGGUGACAUUUUGGACAUGGCCAGAGACUCUUAUGAGCAGGUUCAGGUUGUUGUUCCUUUUGUUGUACUUAUAUGAAGGUGCUGUUCAACUAAAAGAUACUUUCACUUAUGGUUUUAAUAAAGGUAAACUCAGCGAAGUGCCGUUGCUACGAUCACCACCGCAGAUAUUGAGAUGAGCGAGAUGCAGGACUUCGAUUUCACACAGUCACACACCGUAUGUGCGUAACGGGUUAGAUUCACGCUGUUACAGCGUGGUAGCCAGGGCACGAAAACAGCGGCGACGUUGAGCCUCGCGCUUCAAAGCUGUUAGUUGGAAAUUGACCCACUAUGCUGUUUACUUUCUGCAACUCCGUCAUAUCGCUGAGUCUUACCUUUUAAACUGGUUCUCCACUAAUUUCUCCCCUAUACUUGAAAUUAGAAUUUAAUUACUGUGAAAACAUAUCUUGUUGCACCCUUCUAGAAAGAAAUAAUGAAAGAUGUUUUUAGUCUGCCAGGCAUACUUUUUUUCACUUGUUUUUGUGCCGUUUUGUUCUUGAUUAUCCAGACUUUAAUACUGGUACUGAUAAAAACUGCUUUGAUAAGUCAACUCCCUCCCUAACAUUUUACAACCCAAUUUGUAUAUGUAUUCAUGUAUAUUGGUAUACAUGUAUAAUCAAAAUGCUAAUGAAAAAAAAGUGAUGUUUUCAAAUAUUAACCUGGUUUAUAUUUGGUACUGAACACCCACUAAUUUUAAACGGGCAUAAAGAUUACAGUUAAAUGCCUGGUCGUAGCCUAUGCUCAAAUUGUCGUCCUUUAUCUUUAUCUGUGUGGCCCUCUUCUACUUACCUAACAGUGACCAAUCCUCUCCCCUGUCUCUCACAGGUGUAUUACCUCAGUGGCUCACCAUGACAUAAACAAGAGAAGAUCAUGUUUGGGCUCUGUUACAAUGACUAGUUCAGCCAGUGCUUGGGGUAUUGGAACUCUUUUUCUGUUUGUUCUGGCCCAAGUCAAGCACUGACUGUAGUAAACCACGUGGCCAAUAGAUUGUUUCAUUCUAAGUGGUAUGCUCGUAUGGAUAUUGUAACUUGCUCUUGGUUUCCAACUCAUGCUGUGCAACCCCAUUUUAGGGCACUGAGCUGGCAGUGCAUGCAACAAAGGACACAAUCUACAUGUUUCUGGUUUGGAGGGGUCUCUGCCCCAGAGUACUGAAUAAAUGCAGUGUGUUGCCGUAGGACUGUUUAUUUCACUGCGUAUUGAAUGAACAUUGUUCUGUAAAGCGAACUUUGUCUGUACAUAGUUGUAUAAAAAAAAUUCUAAACCUGUAUUUUUUUCUAAGCACUUUUUUUAUUUAUGAUAUACUUGGCUUAAUAAAGAUGUUGAAAUGUUUGAAGAAA